AUGCCGCCGGCGCCGCCUCUGCCCCCGGCGCUCCACCGCGCGUUCACCCUCCUCACCCGCCUCGACUCCCCGCGCCACCUCCUCCAGGCGCACGCCUUCCUCCUCCCCCGUGGCGGCCACCACAACGCGCGCCUCCUCUCCGCGCUGCUCCUCGCCUCUCUCCGCCUCCCGCUCCGCCGCCACGCCCUCGCCCUCCUCCGCACCAUCCACCCCUCCGUAUCCCUCAACGCCGCCGCCCGGAUCCCCCACCUGCGCGGCACCCUCGGCCCGCAGCUCCACUCCCUCGCCGUCCGCGCCGGGCUCGCCUCCCACGCGCACGUCUCCACAAGCCUCAUCCAGACCUACUUCUCCUGCGGCAGCGUAGCCUCCGCGCGCACCGUGUUCGACCAGACGCUCCACAAGGACAUCUUCUGCUGGAACGUCACCGUCUCGGGCUACGUCAAGUCCGGGAACCUGGCCUGCGCGCGCGACCUGUUCGACGCUAUGCCGCGGAGGAACGUGGUGUCCUGGACGACUCUCAUCGGGGCGUACGCGCAGAUGAAGCGGCCAGUGGAGGCCAUCGAGGUGUUCCGGAGGAUGCAGCUGGAGGAGGGGAUCCAGCCCGACGGGGUAGCGUUGCUGUCCGUGCUGUCGGCCUGCGGGGAUCUCGGCGCCGUUGAUCUCGGCGAAUGGGUGCACAGGUCCGUCGUGAAGCGGGGCCUGUGCUGGCAUAUACCGCUGAUGAACGCGGUCAUCGACAUGUACCUCAAGUGCGGGUGCGUCGGGAGGGCGGUCGAGGUGUUUGAGGGCAUGGAGCAGAAGAGCGUUGUGACCUGGACGACGGUGAUUGCCGGGUUCGCGUUGCAUGGCCUGGGCUCGGAAGCUGUUGAGAUGUUCCGCCGGAUGGAGAGGGAGAAUGUGGCGCCGAACGACGUCACUUUUCUUGCGAUCCUGUCAGCCUGUAGCCACAUUGGGCUGACCGAUCUGGGUCGAUGGUAUUUCAAAAUCAUGGUGUCCCAGUACGGGAUCAAGCCGCGAGUCGAGCAUUAUGGAUGCAUGGUCGAUCUACUCGGCCGUGCUGGUUGUCUGAUGGAAGCUCAGGACUUGGUUAAGGGCAUGCCUUUCAUGGCAAAUGCAGCGAUAUGGGGAGCUCUUCUUGCUGCCGCUCGCACCCACGGUGAUGCUGAGCUUGGGGAACAAGCUCUGUUGCAUCUAAUUCGGCUCGAACCUCACAAUAGCGGGAACUAUAUUCUCCUAUCGAAUAUUUAUGCAGAGCAGGAGAGGUGGGAUGAUGUGGGCAAACUUCGAAAGGCGAUGAAAGACGGCGGCUUAACAAAUGUGCCAGGGGCAAGUUCUAUUGAGCUUGAUGGCAUGGUUCAUGAGUUCACUUCCAGAGAUGGAUCUCAUCCGUCCUUACAUGAGAUUUGUAAAGUAUUAUUUGAUAUUACCACUGACAUGAAAUCCAUUGGUUAUGUCUUGCUCCCUGAUGCACUGAAUGGUACUGAAGAAGAGCAAGACUGUAAGCAUUAA